GUGAAGAAGCAGGCGACGGAAAAGAUGGCGGAGCGGCGUGAUUACGGAACAGACCUCCUGAACUUGAGUUGUGUUUAAAGGCCGUUGUUGUUGUUUUUCUGCCGGUCAGUGUCGGUGUGAUACCGGGGUGAGGAUGGCCCACCGUUACCUGCGGCUGUCCGCGGGCUGCAGGAACGUGUUCCGGCUGCUGCUGCCCUCCAACGCUCCGGCAAGGCUGGCGAUGUGUUCGACCUCUGCCGGGCAGGUAAGGAGUGGACAGAGCCUGCUAAGGGAGCUGCUGGGAGUGUGCGGGACGCUGAGCUCCAGACCACCAAAAGGUUUUGAGAAAUAUUUUCCAGAUGCUCAGAAACCUGCAAAGAGCUCCGAGGCUGAAGCUGCAGCCAAAGAAGCCAAACCUGCCAACGCUCAGAGAGCUUCUGGGAGGUCAGGAGGUGGAGGAGGCGGAGGAGGCGGAGGAGGCGGAGGAGGUGGAGGAAGUGGGGGAAGUGGGGGAGGAGGGGGAGGAGGUGGAAAAAGAGGAGGUCGUAAGGAGGAGUCACACUGGUACAGCCGUCUGCAGAAGGGUGACAUUCCCUGGGACGAUAAAGAGUUUCGGAUGUACUUCCUGAGCGGAGCAGCGUUCUGGACCACCGUCACGUAUUAUUUCUUCUUCAGAGACGGAGGACAAGAGGUCACCUGGAAAGACUUUGUAAACAGCUACCUGUCCAAAGGAGUGGUGGAUCGGCUAGAAGUCGUCAACAAGCGUUACGUCAAAGUGGUUUUCUCUCCUGGGAAGACGCCAGUGGACGGGCAGUACAUCUGGUUCAACAUCGGCAGUGUGGACACGUUUGAGAGGAAUCUGGAGACGGCUCAGUACGAGCUCGGCAUUGAGGGAGAGAACAGGCUGCCGGUGGUUUAUUCCACCGAGAGCGACGGCACUUUUCUACUGAGCAUGCUCCCCACGGUGCUCAUCAUUGGCUUCCUGCUGUUCAUGCUGCGGCGGGGUCCGGCGGGGGCGGGGCGUCCCGGCCGGGGGAUGGGCGGACUCUUCAGCGUCAGCGAGACGACAGCAAAGAUCCUCAAAGAUGAGAUUGAUGUGAAGUUCAAAGACGUGGCGGGCUGUGAGGAGGCGAAGCUGGAGAUUAUGGAGUUCGUCAACUUCCUGAAGAACCCCAAACAGUACCAGGACCUGGGCGCCAAGAUCCCCAAGGGAGCCAUCUUGACGGGUCCUCCAGGAACAGGAAAAACUCUCCUGGCCAAAGCGACCGCCGGCGAGGCCAACGUGCCGUUCAUCACCGUCAACGGCUCGGAGUUCCUGGAGAUGUUUGUGGGCGUCGGCCCGGCCAGAGUGAGAGAUCUGUUCGUGAUGGCGAGGAAGAACGCUCCCUGCAUCCUCUUCAUCGACGAGAUUGAUGCCGUGGGACGAAAACGAGGACGAGGAAACUUUGGAGGACAGAGCGAGCAGGAGAACACUCUGAACCAGCUGCUGGUGGAGAUGGACGGCUUCAACACUGCGACCAAUGUUGUGGUUCUGGCAGGAACCAACAGACCAGACAUCCUGGACCCGGCUCUGAUGAGACCAGGACGCUUCGACAGGCAGAUCUACAUCGGUCCUCCAGAUAUUAAAGGUCGAGCCUCCAUCUUUAAAGUUCACCUGCGUCCUCUCAAGCUGGAGGCCAACAUGGACAAAGACUCCCUGGCCAAGAAGAUGGCCGCCCUCACACCUGGAUUCUCAGGCGCCGACAUCGCUAACGUUUGUAAUGAGGCGGCUCUGAUCGCCGCUCGCCACCUUUCAGACGCCAUCAACCAGAAACAUUUUGAACAGGCCAUCGAGAGGGUCAUCGGAGGUCUGGAGAAGAAGACUCAGGUCCUGCAGCCAGAGGAGAAGAAGACGGUGGCGUAUCAUGAAGCCGGUCACGCUGUCGCCGGAUGGUUCCUUGAGCAUGCUGACCCUCUGCUAAAGGUGUCCAUCAUCCCCAGAGGGAAGGGUCUGGGUUACGCUCAGUACCUGCCCAAAGAGCAGUACCUGUACACCAAAGAGCAGCUGUUGGACCGGAUGUGUAUGACUCUGGGAGGACGAGUCUCCGAGGAGAUCUUCUUUGGACGGAUCACCACUGGAGCUCAGGAUGACCUCCGAAAAGUCACCCAGAGCGCCUAUGCACAGAUCGUUCAGUUCGGGAUGAAUGCGAAGGUGGGCCAGGUUUCCUUCGACCUCCCCCGGCAGGGUGAGAUGGUUCUGGAGAAACCGUACAGCGAAGCUACUGCUCGUCUCAUCGACACCGAGGUCAGAACCCUUAUCAGUGAAGCGUACCAGAGAACCCGCCAACUGCUGAACGACAAGAAGGCCGAGGUGGAGAAGGUGGCUCUGCGGCUGCUGGAGAAGGAGGUUCUGGAUAAGAGUGACAUGGUGGAGUUGCUGGGAAAACGCCCAUUCGCAGAAAAGUCAACUUAUGAAGAGUUUGUGGAGGGAACAGGAGGUGAGGAGGAGGACACGACCCUGCCAGAGGGUCUGAAAGACUGGAACCAAGAGAGGAAGGACAAGGAGGAGAGCCAGGACGAGCAGGUGGCCCAUCAGAUCUCUGGAGGAAUGCCCUUCUAGAACCUUCUGAUGGAUGUCUGGGUUCUACCACCAUCGCCACAAACACUGACCCAUCGCACUUGUGUAUGAGGUCUAGAACCUCCCCUCCUCACCGACUUCCAGAAUAAACACCAAGAGCUCUACGAAUGCUCGUAGAACCUUUUCUCUGGAGUCCUGCACCAAACACCAAACCUUCACCCUAUAAAGUUCCUGAGUGUUCUGUUGGAUAUCUGGGUUCUGUGAGGUCUAGACCUCUCUCACUGACUUCCAGAAGAAACAUGAAGAACGUAAAGAGAACCUUCUCUUUGUGGCUGGUUUGUACUAGAAAGUAGAAAAGUAUGACUCAAUCUACAAUCUCAUCUGUGCUGUAGAACCCGCUCAGUGACUUUGACAACCAGCUCACACUCCAAGAACUGUCUCUCUAGAGUUCUACACUUACCUUGUUAUACCACCAGAUCGUCUUCGCAUUGUUCUAGAACCUUCGCCUUAUUGAACCACUGCGCUAAAUUUGCAUGCAGGAGACUCCACAGGAACGUUCUACAACUGUAUUAUUAGCUGUAGAAUCUUCUCUGUGUUGAGGCCAAGAGCAGUUACACCAACAACGGGUUGAGGAGCACUCAGAUUCAUACAUGUGCUUCUAACUUGUCACUGAGUUCUGGAAUCCAUCUCUCUCUCCCAGCACUUGGCCACUGACUUUUUUCUGUGCAGGGAACUCUGCACAGAACCAACAGCGGUUCUUGAAGUGUUCUUUGUUUUGAGAUCUUGCUCUUGCUUAGUUACAGCACAUAGUUCUAAAAUGUUCUCCAAAUGUAGUCUUACAGAUUACAUCUUUAACAGCAGAUCUAAUAACUAGCUCUGUUUUGGGGUUAUAGAAUAUUGUUCUGCAAAGUACUAUUCUUUGCAUAGAACGCUAGAAUCUUCUUUGUCGGAGAAGCCUUGUCCCAUUGCAAGGUUCUAGAAAAAUCAAAUCUACACAAAAUAACACAGUGUUGAAACAUGAACUCCAGCCGAGGGUUCGGUCACAGAAUGUACACAUUUCUAGAAUCCGGUUCUAAAACCUUUCUGAAUUUGUCGCUGAGCUCGAGAACAAUUAUGCACCAUGAACUUUGAAAGUGUUCUAAUGUAGAACCUUAAAACCUUUCAGAUAAGACACAACACAUGUACAUGCUUUUAAUGUUCUGCAGUCUAUAGCAACAAAUAUUUUCUUUAUUUGAUUUGGUUCUAGUUUAGAACCAACACAAGGGCCUGUUGAUAUAAUUGGUAACCUUUGCUCCAAAGCAGGGUUCUAGGUCCUUCACACUACACACAAGUGUCUAGAAAGCAAAGUAGAAAGUAAGUUCUGGAACAUUUCCCUACAAAGAACUGUUCUCUGCAUAGAACUAUAGAACCUUUCUCAGCUCUUGAAGCCUUGCUUGAUUGCAGGGUUCUACAUCAAAAAUACAUUUGAAACUUUUUGUUUAACUAUGACUAGUAGAACAUUCAAGAGUAUUUCUGUAUAUGUAGAACCCAUUUUGUAAGUUCUUGAUCUGGACUCUACAGCAGCUGGUUCCUUUCUCUGCCUGAACUGUCCGACUUUGUUCUUUGGUUCUCAGCAGAACGUUACAGUUGAUCCUUCAACAGAACAAAAAGUCAACCGUUCUCAGCCCUGAAGUUCCUGAGUGUCAACCUGUUCAUAGAACCGUGAGGUCUUAGUAGAACCACCUGCUGGUGGAAGAACACUGCAGCUGUGAGGUUCUCCUGUUUUAAAAAGCGAUGAACAACUUAUUUAAACAUCUGACUGUUUAUCAGCUUCACUUAUUUAUCAGCAGCGAUUGAUCCUGAGAACACUGAUCAGGUUCUCUUUGAUUAUCGAAAUGAGCUGAAUGAUAUGAAUGUUCUGGAAGAUCUGCUGACUCUGUGGUUCCCUCAGAGAGAACAUCGUUCAUCAUCAUCAGACUUCAGUUCUGUGCUGAUCACAUAUUGAUUAGUUAUUGAUCAGUUAUUGUUACCGUGCUGAAUAGUGUGUGCAGCUCCUGCAAACAUGCAGCUGACUGUAAAAUGAUGUGAAAUAAUUAUAAUAAUUAUAAUAUGUGUAAAUGUGUGUGUCAUGAUUCAGACGUUUUAAUAAAGUCAGAAAAUGUCAGUCAGCAACUUCAA